UCGUUUGUUCACCCAGAGCAGACGUAGAAGAAAAGAAACCGAACCCCGCUUUUGCAGAACUUUUCCGGAUCCUCAUCCAAUCACGUUUGACCUGCUUACCGGAAGUUUUGAACGAAACGUACGCGGGAAAUCACUGAAAUCUUCGGCUGAACAUCAGAGGCUGUAUUAAAUAAUGAAGGUGGUAACGUGUGAGAUUGCGUGGCACAACAAAGAGCCGGUCUACAGUCUGGAUUUCCAGCACAGCUCCGAUGGACGCUAUCAUCGACUGGCCACAGCUGGAGUGGACACAACAGUCAGACUGUGGCGUGUAGGCAUGGGCUCUGAUGGAAAAGCAGCAGUGGAUUUUCUCUCAAACCUGGCCAGACACACCAAGGCUGUCAAUGUUGUUCGCUUUAGCCCUAAUGGAGAGUUUCUUGCCUCUGGAGGAGAUGAUGCAGCGAUUCUUCUGUGGAAACUCAAUGACUCUAAGGAGCCUGAACAGGCCCCUAUGUUUCAGGAUGAUGAAGACGCUCAGCUCAACAAGGAGAGCUGGUCUGUGGUGAAGACACUAAGAGGACACAUUGAGGAUGUCUAUGAUGUCAGCUGGACACGGGACGGUAACUUUAUGGUCUCGGGGUCUGUGGACAACACUGCCAUUAUGUGGGACAUUAACAAAGGACAGAAGCUGUGCAUUUUAAAUGAUCAUAAGAGCUACGUCCAGGGUGUGACCUGGGAUCCCUUGGGGCAGUAUGUUGCCACUCUCAGCUGUGACAGGGCGAUGCGUGUAUACAGCACCCAUACAAAGAAGAAAGCUUUCUGUAUCAGUAAAAUGAGCUCUGGGCAACCUGCAGAGGGAGAGGUCAAGCAGUACAGAAUUUUCCACGACGACAGCAUGAGGUCUUUUUUCAGGCGUCUUUCAUUCACACCUGACGGCUCUUUUCUCCUCGCCCCAGCUGGAUGUGUGGAGAUCGGAGAAAAUAUCAUCAACACCACAUACAUCUUUUCCCGAAAGAGCCUGAAGAGGCCCAUCGCUCACCUGCCCUGUCCAUCUAAGGCUACUCUGGCUGUGCGUUGUUGUCCGGUAUACUUCGAACUGAGAACUAAGAAAGGAGAAGAUGGUUCAGUCCAGGCUCUUCCCAACUUGUUCCAGUUGCCCUACCGCAUGGUGUUUGCCGUGGCAUCGGAAGACGCCAUAUUUCUGUACGACACUCAGCAGAGCAUACCUUUUGGCCUGGUGUCCAACAUCCACUACCAUACACUGAGUGACCUCACGUGGUCUGGCGAUGGUUCCUUCUUGGCCGUGUCCUCCACAGACGGCUACUGCUCCUUCCUGUCCUUUUCUCCAGGGGAGCUUGGCACUCCUCUGAAGGAGCCCCCCACACUGGAGAUGUUUGUGCCCAACAGUGGUGUUGACAAAAAGGGCAAGAAGUCCUCCAUAGGCAAGACCUCCUCCCCUGGAUCCCAGCCUACGAGCGCCACUCCAGCGCCAACCACCCAAGCCAACCUUAAUAAAGACACUCCCUCUGUCACCACCACAGAGGAGAAGAAGAACACGCCCAACCUCAAGUCUAAACCCCAGCCCAGAAGAAUCACCCUCAACACUUUGGAGGGUUGGGGAAAGACAUCCAGCCCUAAAAACACAGCUACUUCAUCACCACAGACCUCAGUAUCUGGGAACACAAGUGCUCCGUCAACUCCUCCAGCACCCAAAGCUCCUCUCACUCCCAACAGCUCCUCCAAAACACAGCUGUGCAUCCCUCCCCUAACUCCCACUACUCCUAAAGUCCUGAACAGUGCAAAUUCUCCAGGGCCUGCUACACCGAAGGGCAGAACCACACCGAAGGGGCCGGCGCCAAGGAGAGUGUCUUUGACUCCCAUCGCCCCUCGAUCUGCGGGUGUUUGCUCACUCUUCAACACUCCCUCCUCCACUGAGAAGGCAAAACAUGAACGUCCUUCUCCUCCCACUGAUCCAGUCUGCCAGCCCCCAGAGUCCAAAAGGCCCAAAACCAGUGAUCCUCCCACCAAGUCCACAGACACAGAGGCCUAGUGUGGACUGAGAACAGUGUGCUGCUGGAUGGGACUUCAAAACAGUACAUCCGGCUGAGUUAACGGCAAACACGGCACCUCCCUGUGGUUCUAAUCCCACAGUGCAGCAGCAUUGUCUGGGUUUGAUAUGUCUGUACUUGAUCUUGCAUAAUGUAGUGUUUUGAAACGCACAGCCCUGCAGUAGCUGUCCUUCACUUUGUUGUUUUUGGGAUGUUUUAUACGUUCUCUAAAGGCCCUCCUCACAAAUUUUAAAGGGAUUUGUUUUGAAUUCCACAUUUAGGUUUAUUGUCCUUGUAGAAGUGAAAAUUGUAACAAGAACCAUUUAAAAUACCAUUUAAAAUGGAAGCCUAAUCCUGAAAAAGAAAAAACACAUUCUUUGAAAUAUGAGCUUGUGGUUGGUGAUAGAAUUUGAAUCCACAUU